AUUGUCCUGCCGGACAGUAUUCCUUGGGCGGAGGCCAGCGCUUUGAAGGAUGGAGCAAGAUUCCUCAUGGCUUUGAGUCGGUAUCAGAAAAAAUUGACAGCGAUUGGGCAACAAGUACAUCCAACUGCAGCGAAUCGGCAUGGAUGCCAAGGGGUGGAUUUAUUUCCUCUCCCGGUGACGACUGCAAAGUUUCCCUGGUGUUCAGUGCCGAAUUGAAAAAGAGUGGCUAUGUGAAGUUUGUUUAUUCCUACGCUGAGGAGGAUACCAUAUUUCAUGUCAGAAUUUCCAAUGAUCAGUGUCAAGAAACAGGUCACGGUAUUGACCGCUGGCCUGAUGCCACUGGCGAAGGAAAAUGGAAAGAAGUGACGAUCGAUCUCAGCAUGGGAAUGAACGUAAUUUCAUGGAAGGCCAUUGGAAUGAACUUUGAGGACAAUACCAAAACAUCACCAAUUCGCAUUAAGUCUAUUGAGAUCAUGGGCUUAAGUUACACAUCUCAGUGUACUAACUGCCCUAGUGGCACCUACUCAGCCCAGGCAGGAUCUACUGAGUGUGAGAUGUGCAAGGCAAACAGUUAUUCUGGACCGAAGGCAACUGCAUGUACCCCAUGUCCUGACACCCACUACUCGAAUGCUGGGUCUGGUAACUGUACCGUUAGAAAAGCAUGCACAGCGAAUGAUUACUUUGAGAGUAAAACACCUUGUAAUAAUAAUAGCAAGACAAAAAAGGUUUAUAAAUGGAUUCAACCCAAGAUAUGUAGAAGUGACAUCACAGGAGCAACUCAACUCCCACCAGAGAGUGGAGAACUUGAUUGUCCCCCAUGUAAUCCCGGAAUGUCCUUCGUCAACAGCUCCUCAUGCCAGUACUGCCCUAAGAACUACUUUUCCAACGGAAUCAAUCCCUGCCAAAAAUGUGAGGGGUCGACAGCACCGGAAUAUGGUAUGUCCUUCACUUCGUGGAACUAUCUACCACCAAAUAUGGAUGCUGUGUGUCUGAGCAUGUCCGGUCAUGGUUGUGCUACGGAUAAAGGUUGGGUUCUCUCCGGCAACCAUAUUCAUAGCGGACAGGGUCAUUCUGAUGACGUUUAUCUUGUUCUUAGUGUGGAUACUGACGGUUUCCGUUCAAAAGAGGGUUACUUUAAUGGCCACGCCAUCGAAGUCGGCACGGUGAAGUUUGAAUUCGAAUUGCAAUGCAUUGGAGAUUGUCUUUUAUUCUUCCUUGUGGAAGAUGGAAAAUCAAACGUUAUUGAAUCUUGGGAAGGGCAUCAGAAUCGAACAACAUUUGUUUAUUCUGUAAACAAACAGAGCCAGCAGACAUUCACAUGGGCAUUCCAGAAAGCAGACUAUGAGAGUACUGAUAUUCAUGGCACUAUGUACCGUAAUGAUGUGGCAAUCAUUUAUAGCAUUGAGCUUACCAACACGGUCGAUGGCGGUGCUGCCUUCUGCAAGACAUGCCCUGUAGGCAGUGACAUGGAGGGCUGCAUCCCAUGCUCGGAAGGCUACUACAUUACCAACAAAACUAGGAAGUGCGAGCAGUGUCCGCCAAAUACAUACCUUCAGAAUGCUCAUCCCUAUGGAAAGGAGUCCUGUAUUCCAUGUGGAGAAGGGUUGAAGGUGUACAAGAAUUCUGUGUGCUACGCUGAAUGUCAAAUCGUAUACAAUUACAAACAUUAUGAUCUCUCACCGUUAAAAGGUUUCCAUUCUGUGAUGACUGGAGCAAGUUUCACUGCCAAGGGAACCAAAUUCAAUCAUUUGUUCAACAUAAGCUUGUGCGGAAACAAUGGAAUCGGUGAAGCAUUGUGUAAAAACAAUGUUACAGUUCAUUCUGAGGAAACUGAAGAUUUUAAUGACGAUUUGAAGUCUUUAAUUUGCCGUUCCACUAUCAUUCCUUCCCCCACAAGAGAAGGCAAGACCACAACUUUAUCAGCUCAGCCCAUCAGUAUUGGUGAUCAACUGCUUGGUUUGAAUGAUGACAAAGGGUUGACAGGUGUCUCUACUUCAGUAUUUUAUGAAAGUGAUAACGGUGCUGAAGACCUCAACUUCUACUACCAUUCUUCUGAAUCCACCAAGGCAUGCAGCAAUGGACGUUCCACUGUGCUUACCUUGAGAUGCGACCAGAAUGCUCUCGGUGCCGGACAUAUACAGCUUCCCAAAGAUUGUCCCGGUGGCACAUGUGACGGAUGCACAUUCCACUUUUUGUGGCAGACGGCAGCUGCUUGCCCCGAAUGCAUAGAGGCUGAUUACUACGCUAUUAAGGGAGAAUGCUCCGGGGGAAAGCAGGUGACACACUAUGUUUGGAACAGCACUAGAGUGUGCCUUAAAGGUGUUCCUCUACCAGAACCAAUUACAAAAUCCUGUAGUCUGAUUCCGUGGUAUGGGCAACUGGCCGUUGCUGGAUUUGUGUUCUCCUUAUUUGUUCUCAUUGCCGUUGUUAUAGUUGUCUGGAAGCAAAACAAGAAACUUGAAUACAAAUACCAGAAAUUGGUAGCGUCAGCUAGUGGAGAGUUGCCUGCAGCAGAAACGUGUGCUAUUGGUGAAGAUGAGGAGGAAGAUAACGUAAUCUUUGAGGACGGCAAGUCUUCUUCCUUCUUCAGCAAGUUAAAAUCAUUUGGCUCUUCAUCCUCAGACAAGGAUUUGGAAUUCUCUUCUAUGCAGAAUAAACUCCUUCCCAGAAAUUAAAUCAAGAUGAUGAUCUUAAAAUGCCUCUGCACCCUUUGAGCUUCGGUGGGUCCAAACCAAUUGAAAAUGUCAACAUUUAGGUUAUAUUUUCCACAAAAUACAUACAUGUUUUGUGCUGGAUGGGUUGCCUUCAAGGAUCGUUUCUACAUUUUACUACGCAAAGCAGUAGGAGAUUGACAGCAUAUUGGAAUUGUGGCUUUAUUGUUUUUUUAUGCCGGUAAAUGAUUACGCAUAUUAUGCCAUGGUUUUGUUUUAUACCAACAUCAGGUUUAUUUUUGUUUUAGUUACUUCUUUUUAUCAUUAUUUCAUAGUCUUAUAGUAAUACAUAUUCAUAGAAAUUGAGAUUUUUUUAAAAUAAAAUUUGUAUUAUGAUUCUGGGCAGGUGUCAGUAAGCGAAACCUCUAACUUAUACACUUCAUACUGCAUAGGUUCUGUUUAUAGGACAAUCAUUAUUUUAUUUUUACAUUUUUUUCAGUUUCUAUUUAGACACAAAUUUCUUUACACUUACUUUUUGUCAUCAAAUUCUUACAUUAUCUUAAGAUUACUUAAAGAAGAGUUAUACAUUUGAUAAAGAUAUUUAUUAUUCUGUAUACAUUUGCAUAUGUUUGCAUAUAUUUGCAUAUUAUAUAAAUAAUUAAUAUUAACUAGAGACUGGUAUAUUUAUCCAUACACGGUGAUAAUUACUUUAAUCACCAUAUUUAUGCAUUCCAUCUUUAUGUGUUUAUUACUGAAAAUUAUAUGUGAUCACUUUUAAAAUUUCUUAUAUUUUGUGCAGUUCUAAAAUGCCUUUUUUUCUUAACAGGAUAUGAUAAACAGUGCAAUUCAAAAUCGACUUAAAUAGAAUUUUAUAACUUGGAAGAUUUCUGUAUAAGUAACUACUUUCAAUGGGCUCAGGGCCAAAAUAAUAAAAUGGAAAAGUAGA